AUGGCUGAAGAGGCUGGGCCAUCUGCGAGGUCUCAAAACGCUUGUGCUGUACUCACUGAAUCCCGGAGGGCCAGGCCAUCGCACCCGUUCCACCGCCGCCGCUGCCAGCGACAAGUCCUUCACUCCAAUGAAAGCGACCCGUCCUCUUCGACCAAAGCCAACCCAACGCCUUCCCGCAAGGGUAAGGAGGUGGUUCGAAAUGCUUCCCCGAGCUCUACUCAGUCCUACCACAAGCGACGACGCUCGAGUCCCCAUACUUCCACUCCCUCCAAACGUCCGCUCCACGCAUUCGACGGGAAGGAGUUGCUUUGGCCUGUCGACCGGAAGAGGUGGGAUGAUACCAAUUACUUGAAGGUGGUCCUCGCGGACCUUGCGAAGUUCACCCGCCCCAUUGAGGAUCAUACCAUGGUGUUGAAUCCCGCAGACGACGAUGACUCCGAGGUAGAGUUUGAGAAUUCAGCGACUUCGCUAGUAGCCCUGCACUGGGAAAAUGACGACCUAAAUGUUGUACUAAAAACUAGCCUGCUGCCGGACGUGCUUCAAGCACACAUGAAAGAUGCAUUGAGGUGGGAGAGAAAUACACCACACUGCGAGAUGAGAUUCACCGGCGUCGUACAACUGGUUCGUCGGGGCGAAGGGCCCUAA